AGGAAUGCCCGGCAUUCCAUUAUGGAGGAUGUGCCUAUCCCGAGGCCACUCCUGGCAACGGCGAAGUUCAAUUCGCCCUGGGAAUUAACAAAGUGGGAAAAGUCCCUCCCCAGAAAUGAUCGUGUUCCAUAUGAGCACGCAGCAGCGGCAAGUCAGAAGCAGCACGGAAACCUCAGUCGAUCCUUCAGUCUCUCCACACGCAGAGUCCGUAGGCCCGCUGCCGCACAACGGCCACGCACUAAUCCUCCAGAAAUCCAUGAAUGGGAGAAGCUCAGAACGCAUACUCUUUUAACGCCGCCUUUACCAUCCCCGUCCCCACUCUUUGAAAAGGAACCGAUUACACCGAUCAAAAAUGCAGCACUCAGUCCAACCCAGAUGAGUCGAGUGAGCUCUCGCACCCAGCACAGUCGCCAAAGUAGUAUGCACGAUGCCUAUGAAAAAGCCAAAGCAAGAGGGGUAGCUCUUCAUCGCAAAUACUGGGUUCGGGUAUUGUUCGAAUAUGCCAUCUACGUUCUGCUGAUCCUUUUCGUCUACUUUGUCUUGAUUGGCGUCCCCUUAUGGAAAGGUGCCGUUUGGUGGCUCUACUGGGUCGUCGCAAAUAAAUUUGUGAUCCAGGGAGGAUACGCCAUAACAAUCGGAGUUGCUGCACUUUACGCGUUUCUACCACUUUUGAUCUUGUUCGAAAAAGAUCCAGCACAAAAAAAUGAAACUUCAGACACCGAUCCCGAACACCGGGCCGAGAAUGUUAAAACAACGGCCCUGUUGAUUCCAUGCUAUAAAUCCGCGAAUAUCAUCGGUCCGACUUUAAAAGCUGCUCUAGAGAUAUUCCCACUAGAGAAUAUUUUUGUCAUUGCAAAUGGAAACUCGGAGACCCCGCUUGACAACACGGAAGAAGUCUGUCGGCCUUACGGUGUCAAUCACCUCUGGGUGCCUAUCGGAUCCAAAAUUGUUGCUCAAUUUGCCGGUUGCUAUGCCGCCAGGGGAUUCGAAAACGUUCUUCUUAUCGACGAUGAUUGUGCCUUGCCUCCCAAUUUCCCCAUCGUCAGCGACCGCCUGAAGGGCAAGGUCAAGUGCAUUGGAUAUACGAUCAAGAGCGUCGGCCCUAACUCCUCAAAAGGGACUUUCUGUCAGCAAGCGCAGGAUCUGGAAUACAAAAUGUCCGGUCUGCAGCGAGCGUUCUUUGGUAAAUUGGGAAGUGCAACCUUUCCUCAUGGCGCCAUUUCAAUUUGGAAUACCGAAUUCCUAAAGCAGACAUUCAAUGAACAUCCUGGUUUUUCCGUCUCGGAAGAUUGGUUCUUCGGAGAUAGCUGCCGACGGCUUGGAGGACGUAUCACUAUGUGCUCGUCGGUGUUUGUGGAGACCGAAACUCCAUCAUCGGUCUUUUUCAGCGGCAGCGGCAGUCGUGGAGGCUUUGGCGAAAUGACCAUCUUCUCACAAAGAUUCAAGCGUUGGAAUUUCUUUUUUGUUGUGGGCAUGUACUAUGACAUGAAGUAUAUUCUAACGAGCUGGAAGCUGGGCUGGUGGGAGAUCGGCGCCAAGCUUUGCGUUUUCCAAGAGGUCUAUGAGACCCUAAUCUACCUUCUUGCUCCAUUCGUUCUUCCCAUUUCGUUCAUUGUGCGUCCCAGUUUCUGCGGAAUGCUUCUCGGCGUCACCAUCGGCAUGUAUAUCAUCAACGUCAUCAUUUUCAACGAGAUUCACCUCCGCCUGAAGAAUGAGCGCAUCGGAUGGGUGGUCAUGAUCUUCUAUUACACCUUCUACAAGAUCGUCCUGACAUUUGUCAAUGUGUUCAGCUGUUACUGGUCGCUGUACAAAUAUGCCCGGUAUUUCGCUCAGCGCCACCCGAAGGUCAUCGAAGAUCAACAAGCGAUCGAGGUUGUCCUCAGCCUGGAGCGAGACGCAGACUCUGACACCGAAGAAGUUAUAUUGCCUGUGAUUCCCCGGAGCAGUAAUUCAGUCCGUGCAGCGAAGCGGCUAACACUGACGAGAGUGGAGCCCGACCAACGACCCCGGUGGCCAUUGCAUGAAGAGACGGACUCUUCAAACCCACCUAAUUCGUGGAACAAACGCAUGUCCUGGGUUUAG